CCUGCGGCCUCCCGAAACCAUGUCGGGCAGGUCGGUUCGAGCCGAGACCAGGAGCCGGGCCAAAGAUGAUAUCAAGAGGGUCAUGGCGGCUAUCGAGAAAGUGCGCAAAUGGGAGAAGAAGUGGGUGACUGUCGGUGACACAUCCCUACGAAUCUACAAGUGGGUCCCUGUGACGGAGCCAAAGGUUGAUGAUAAAAACAAGAAUAAGAAGAAAGGCAAAGAUGAGAAGUGUGGCUCAGAGGUGACCACUCCAGAGAAUAGCUCCUCCCCAGGGAUGAUGGACAUGCACGACGAUAACAGCAACCAGAGCUCUAUAGCAGAUGCCUCCCCCAUCAAACAGGAGAACAGCAGCAACUCCAGUCCUGCUCCUGAGCCCAACACAGCUGUGCCCAGCGAUGGUACUGAAGCCAAGAUGGACGAAGUGCAGGCUGAUGGAAAGGAGCACCCUGGGACUGAAGAUACUUCUGACGAGCAGAACUCACAGUCAUCAAUGGAAAACUCGCUGAACAGCUCAGAGAAAGCAGAACGGCAGCCAUCUGCAGAGUCGGGGCUUGUGGCAGAGACAUCUACAAUCUCUCAGGAUUUGGAAGGAGUGCCACCCUCUAAGAAGAUGAAGCUGGAGGCCUCUCAACAGAACUCCGAAGAGAUGUAGACACUGAGUUGAAACCUCUGGUCCAUGUUUCAUGGCAGGUACAUCAGCAGGCUUAAUUCUAGAACAACAUUGCCCAAGCGAUUCUCUUGGGUGCGAACAGAACUACUAACAUUUCAAGUUUACCAAGUGCAAAUCCAAGAAAACCUAGAACGGCGUAACUUCUCAGACACUGAAGAACUCUGCUGUGAAGCAAAAACACUCGAACCUUGAAGUGACUGUCCUUGGGGAGGCGGGUUGACAGCUCAGGAGUGUCUGCACACUGUCUCGGAAGCCAAGAUUACGUUUGUGUUGCUGCUGUAUCCCCCCACUUCUCUAUUUAAUGAAAUAAGCUAACUGAGGGUGGUACCAGGAAUUCACUUUUUGUCGGGGCUUUUUACUGUUCAACCAAUUCCUUCCGCUUUCUUUUUUUGUGCCUUGUGCCCUUGAGGUGACCUCUGGCAUGUUUCCUGGUUUUGCAUCUCUCUGCAAAGUGCCCUCUUGGUUUGGUUGGGGCGACAGCUGCCACCUUACUCACCUCUCUCCUCCCUGCCCCAGGACUGUAGGGCAGAGCCACAGGAGAACAGGUGCCCCUCAGCUGGCCUGGUUUCAGGGGGCCGGUGCUUGGGCACACCCUGAGGCCUGGACGGAGUGGGCACCAGCCUCCAGGGCCCCAGGAGUUGCAGGUGUCAGGGCCCAGUCCCCAAGGGCUGGCCUCCUCUGUCCAGGCCAUGCUCUCACCUCCUAGGGCCAUGGGACUGGGGGUCUGCAGCCCACAGUGGCCCAGGUGGACAUGCAAAGCCCUUUGAUUCUCUGGCACUUCCACCCUGUGACCCCUCCCGUCACCACCACCUCAUCACUGCUUUCUCCCAGACCUCUGAAGACAAAAUGGCUUCUCUGGCUGACUGCAAGUUUGCCUCUUAAGACAAUACAGGGCCAGGGAGGCUAGGAGCAGGUGGCAGGAAUAGCUGGCGCUGAACUUUCUCAUGGGACGUUGCAUGGAUUUCAAAUCCAUGGAAACCUGCUGCCCUCUGGCUCCGCCUCCCCAAGCCCAGGCAAGAGUGUCCUCCGUGGAAACCCACUUACUCCUGGGUCAUGUUCUGACUCUCAGAGCCAACAGGUGGAUGGAAUCUCAUUUCCAGUACGACAUCUGUCUCCGUCGGGGAGUGGGCCUUGAUGGUUGGGCCUUAAAAGGCCAGAAACAAGGCACCAAGGAAUUGGAAAGAUUUGCACACCCUCCAGAAAGGAGCGACCGAGUCUCCCCUUCCCCCAUCCCGCCUGCACCUGUGCCAGGACAGCUUCCUCUCACUCAGUGGAGAUGCCCCCUUGGACGAACUGCCUGACUGUUGAGUUCUGAGGCCUGGUUUGCUCUUAAUUAAUAUACAGACUCCUCAGACCUUAAACCUUUUCCUAAGCUUUCUUUACUGCACUGGAGUUCUGACUCCCUUUGAGUUGUGUGUUACUGGGUGGGGAGGGAGGGUCUGUGGGUUUUGUUUUUUGUUUGUUUUUGUUUUUUGCUAAUCGGUGCAUAUUCAGGUACCACCUUUGAUGUGUGGCUCUCUGUCCCGACCACCAUGGGAAGUGUCUGCCAGGUUCCAUUUUCUGAAGAGUUUCUGAGGGUGAAGCUCCUAUAUAUAUAUUUUUUAAGGAACUUAUCUAUUUCCUGCACUUCAAGAAGAAUUGAAAUGUUCCUGAAUUUCAAAUACCUCAUACAAAAUGUCUCCUGAAA